GAAGGAAGGCAACCUAUAAAUCAAGCUUUACUCAUAACGGUUAUGUUCUAUGGGUUAUGACAUAACCUCACUUCUUUAAAUGUCAAAGUUUUAUAAAAUUUGCUAGAUAGGUAAUUUGCGUAGAAAUGUAGAGCAGCCUUUGGGCAAACACAGAAAAUGAACUUAUUAACGUUCAAAGGUAUAUUUUGUCCGCGCAUUUAUCAACUAAGACACGCAACUAGUAAAGCAACUCUUCAAGAAAUAAUCCGUGUGGAUCAUGCAGGUGAAUUGGGCGCUGACCGCAUUUACGCGGGCCAAAUGGCGGUUUUGGGGGCAACCUCUAAAGGCUCCCUUAUCCAGCACAUGUGGGAUCAAGAAAAACACCACAAGGCAACUUUUGAAGAGUUAAUUAGGAAGUAUCGAGUACGUCCCACUGUAAUGACUCCCUUAUGGAACAUAGGUGCUUUUGCCUUGGGGGCAGGAUCUGCGUUGCUUGGAGAAAAAGCAGCAAUGGCCUGUACAGUGGCUGUGGAAACUGCAAUUGUAGAACAUUAUAACGAUCAAUUAAGGACCCUCUUGGAAGAUCCUGAAGCUAAUAAGGAAUUAAUGGAAACAAUCACAAAAUUUAGAAAUGAAGAGCAAGAACACCAUGACAUAGGAAUCAAUCAUGGGGCUGAACAAACGCCAUUUUAUCAAGCUUUUUCAGGGGCUAUUAAAAUAAUUUGUAAGAGUGCUAUUAAUAUAUCUAAAGUGAUUUAAUAUACCAUAAUAAAUUCUUACUAUCUGAUUUAAAUAAACUGUUUUUUUUUUGUAGGUAUACUAUAGUUUAUUUUAAAUUAUAUGUAGGUAAUUUUAGAAAUAAAUAAUCAUAUUUUAA